GCCCUGCCGGAGGUGGCGGCAGUCGCACGCGGGCCGGCGUGCGAGCGCGCGCGUCGCACGUGCAUGGCGCGCUUGUCUGGAUGCCUCGCGCCCACGGGGAAUGGCUUCGUCCGAAGAAGAGGUGACAACUGCGUCGUCCAGUCCUGAAGAUGACUGCCUCAGCGUGCGGAAAUGGUGGUGCUUCUUGCUGUCGUCGAUCAUCACAUUCAUCACGGGGCUGCUCAUCGUGGGGGUAUGGCGGUGCUGCGCGUACGCGUGCUGCCGCAAAGAGCCGGAGCUGGCGCCCAACGACCCCAAGCAGAAGGAGCAGAAGGCGGCGCGCCAGGGCAAGCAGGAGUUUGAGGGCACGUUCAUGACCGAGGCGAAAGACUGGGCCGGCGAGCUCAUCUCCGGCCAGACCACCACCGGUCGCAUACUGGUAGUGUUGGUGUUCAUCCUGAGUAUCGCAUCGCUGAUCAUCUACUUCAUUGAUGCGUCCAGUGAGGAAGUGGAACGUUGCCAGAAAUGGAGUGACAAUAUGACUCAGCAGAUCGACCUUGCCUUUAACAUAUUUUUUAUGGUCUACUUUUUUAUACGAUUUAUAGCAGCUAGUGACAAACUAUGGUUCAUGCUCGAGAUGUAUUCAUUUGUAGAUUAUUUCACAAUACCCCCCUCCUUUGUAUCGAUAUAUCUGGAUAGAACGUGGAUAGGGCUGAGGUUCCUCCGAGCUCUACGUUUAAUGACCGUGCCUGAUAUUUUGCAGUACCUCAAUAUAUUAAAGACAUCGAGUUCGAUACGGCUGGCUCAAUUAGUUUCUAUAUUUAUAUCGGUAUGGUUGACCGCAGCCGGUAUCAUACAUUUGCUGGAGAACUCUGGCGACCCCCUAGAGUUCGACAACGCGCAGUCGCUCUCAUACUGGACGUGCGUGUACUUUCUCAUAGUGACCAUGUCCACAGUAGGUUACGGUGACGUCUUCUGUCACACAGUACUUGGCAGAACAUUUUUGGUUUUUUUUCUGCUCGUCGGCUUGGCGAUAUUUGCCAGUUGUAUCCCAGAGAUAAUUGACUUAAUCGGCACUAGACCCAAGUAUGGCGGCACCCUCAAGAAUGAGCGGGGACGCAGGCAUAUAGUUGUAUGUGGACAUAUAACGUACGAAUCAGUAAGCCAUUUUUUAAAAGACUUCCUACAUGAAGACAGAGAGGAUGUCGACGUUGAGGUUGUUUUUUUACAUAGGAAACCGCCUGACCUGGAGCUCGAAGGCCUGUUCAAGAGACACUUUACUACCGUGGAAUUCUUUCAAGGCACCAUUAUGAAUCCAAUCGACCUACAGAGGGUGAAAGUUCACGAAGCGGAUGCAUGUUUGGUGCUAGCGAACAAAUACUGCCAGGACCCUGACGCGGAGGACGCCGCGAAUAUUAUGAGGGUCAUUUCCAUUAAGAACUAUUCUGAUGACAUCAGAGUUAUUAUACAGCUUAUGCAAUAUCACAAUAAGGCGUACCUACUGAACAUCCCGUCAUGGGACUGGAAGCAGGGUGACGACGUAAUCUGCCUGGCGGAGCUCAAACUGGGCUUCAUCGCGCAGAGCUGCCUUGCCCCGGGCUUCUCCACCAUGAUGGCUAAUCUCUUCGCCAUGAGGAGUUUCAAAACGUCCCCCGACACGCAAGCUUGGCAGAACGAUUAUCUCCAAGGUACGGGCUGUGAGAUGUACACGGAGACUCUGUCGACCUCCUUCACGGGGAUGAGCUUCCCGCAAGCAAGCGAGUUAUGUUUCACAAAACUAAAGUUGCUGCUGCUGGCGAUUGAGAUCAAAGGAGAAGAAGGUGCAGACAGCAAGAUAUCAAUCAACCCUCGCAACGCCAAGAUCCAUGCUAACACACAAGGAUUCUUUAUUGCACAGUCCGCUGAUGAGGUCAAAAGGGCUUGGUAUUAUUGUAAGGCUUGUCACGAAGAUAUCAAGGAUGAAACACUUAUCAAGAAAUGCAAAUGCAAAAACUAUGUCGGAAUGAUGAUGAUGCAGUCCGGAAUGGUGAAACAAAACCUUAAUAGUUAUCGAGAUUGCAUUGACGAUGACCACCAUCCUCCCCCCACCUUCACGCCGCCAGAGUUGCCCAAGAAGGUUCAUGUUCGAGGUGAAGUCGCAAGAGAAAGAGGGGAAGAUAUUAGUCUAAUAAACCGCAACCAUCGUAAUGCGGCGCCGACCGCUCUUUUAUCGCCAAUGGCCAACCAGCUCGCCAACACCACUACGAGGCAAGUCAACAAGGUUAAGCCGAACGUCAACAGAGCGCCCCCGGACACGCCAACGAGUCGUAGCAGUGGAGGCAAUCAAAACAGCAACGGCGUGAGUUUGCCAGCAGGUCUGGCGGACGACCAGUCGAAAGAUUUCGACUUCGAAAAGACUGAAAUGAAAUACGACUCCACGGGAAUGUUCCAUUGGAGUCCUGCGAGAAACCUUGAAGAUUGUAUACUAGACAGAAAUCAAGCGGCCAUGACAGUGUUGAACGGACACGUCGUUGUGUGUCUGUUUGCGGACCCAGACUCGCCGCUGAUCGGGCUGAGGAAUCUGGUAAUGCCGCUCCGGGCUUCUAACUUCCACUACCACGAACUGAAGCACGUCGUCAUCGUCGGCAGCGUCGACUAUAUUCGACGGGAGUGGAAGAUGCUGCAGAAUCUACCGAAAAUAUCCGUUUUGAAUGGUUCUCCGCUGAGUCGAGCAGAUCUGCGCGCGGUGAACGUGAAUCUGUGCGACAUGUGCUGCAUCCUGUCCGCCAAGGUGCCGUCGAACGACGACCCGACGCUCGCUGACAAGGAGGCGAUCCUCGCCUCGCUGAACAUCAAGGCGAUGACCUUCGACGACACGAUCGGUGUGCUGAGCGCGGGUAACGGCGCCGCGCCGCCUCCUCAGGGCACCCCCGCUGCGCCCGUGCUGCUGCAGCGACGUGGCUCUGUGUACGGUGCCAACGUGCCCAUGAUCACAGAGCUGGUGAACGACAGCAACGUGCAGUUCCUGGACCAGGAUGACGAUGAUGACCCUGACACGGAGCUGUACCUCACGCAGCCCUUUGCCUGCGGUACCGCCUUCGCUGUCAGCGUGCUCGACUCCCUCAUGUCCACUACGUAUUUCAACCAAAACGCGCUAACGUUAAUCCGGUCGCUGAUCACGGGCGGUGCCACGCCCGAGCUGGAGCUCAUCCUUGCAGAGGGCGCGGGCCUGCGCGGCGGGUACUCCACGCCCGAGAGCUUGGCCAACAGGGACCGUUGCAGAGUGGGCCAGAUCUCUCUUUACGACGGUCCUCUAGCGCAGUUCGGCGAGGAGGGCAAGUACGGUGACCUGUUCGUGGCGGCGCUGCGCACGUACGGCAUGCUAUGUAUCGGCCUCUACCGUUUCCGCGACACCUCUUCCAGCUCGGACGCCAGCAGCAAGCGUUACGUCAUCACCAACCCACCCGACGACUUCUGCUUGUUGCAUACAGAUCAAGUGUUCGUGCUGAUGCAAUUCGACCCAGGCGUGGAGUACCGCGCGAGUAGACGCGCGGGCGCAGCCGCCAAGGACGACGCCUCCUGACUAUUGCUGUGCAGCGCUCUCACCGACGGGCCCUACUCCUACAUCUAAAGGGCCCGUCCCCACGGACAAUCCUACCCAACCCAACCCACAAACCCUUACAACCCGACUACGAUUAAAAACCGGUAAACACAUAAGGUUACUGACUGACAUAGCCAUAGUUUGAUACUGGUUUUUAAUCGGAGCUGGAUUUUUUUUAUUUUGUUUUGUAUUAGAUUUGUGUUACUGGCCCAAAGGCUAUCAGAGACUCGCAGAGCCUUAAAAUCUACUUUACCUUCCUUUCCAAAUUUAUUUUGGCGUAGCUUAACAACAAAUACUAUCUAUGAUUCUAUGUUGCACCUAUAAACCCUUUUUAUUUUUAAUUUAUGUUCUGUCUUUGUUAAAAUUGGACACUGCACCGCUAUUCUAUGUUUUUCUUACACAAUCACGAUACUACUGCGUUGAGUCUCCAACUAAAAAUUACGUAAUUGAAAAUAUAAACAACAAGAUAAAGAUACCAUUCUUUGAGCCAAAGUUAUAUGCAACACAUGAAUACCGUGGACACAUACAGGCUGUUCUACAAUUAAAUUAAUAAAAAAAGAGCUUAGAAUAUUUAUGUUUAUCCGAUCAAUGAGUAAUGCUUAAAUGCUAAUAAAUAUUGGUUUAAAAAAUAAUAUUACCCUGUCUGUGUCUUUCGGUUUAACACUGCACACUGGAAAUUCUGACAUGGGUAGGUUCUCCGUUUUUAUAUGACAUAUUAAAAAAUUAAGAAGAGAUAUUUCCAUCUUUAUGGUAUCAAACCUUUUAAACUUUUAAUUGCAAGACAGAUAUUAUUAAUUUAAGAUACUGCAAUCUAUGACUUCUU